AUGCAGUGGGUAGCCAAGGUGCGUUUGACGUCGGCUGUUCUGUUCUGCUCUGCGAUGGGGUGUGAUGGGCCGUUCGCGACGAGUGGUGUGCGUGUUCGCGUGGCCGUCGUGGCGGGUUGACCGUGAUCGAGUGCCAUCAUCAGCUGACACUUUGCACACUCACCGGCGCGCCGCCGAUGGCCACCCCCACGACCCCCUCCACCCCGAUCUCGUCCCCGCCGUCAUCGUCAUCGUCGCCGUCGCUCUCGCCCUCGCCUCAUCCCGUACACCUCGCCCCCACCAGGCGGUGCAAUACUACAAGGACAUCAACCCGGCCACGUUGACGGGUGCGAUCGAUGUGAUCGUCGUCGAACGGCCGAGCGAGGACGGCGCCGGGACCGAGUUGGCUUGUUCGCCGUUCCACGUCCGGUUCGGCAAGUUGUCCGUGCUGCGACCGAUCGACAAAAAGGUCCGUUCUUCCGUCCGCGGGGGGAAAUAAAGAUUCUCGAGCGGUCGAUGCUGAUGCGGUGUGUAUCUCUCCCUGCACCUUGCCUCCGCACGUGCUCCUCGUCUGGGCCGGCACGCCUUCCCCCCCACAAACACCGUCGAUCCACGUCCCAUCCGCACGUGCGACACCUGACCUCGACGGGCCUAAAACAGGUCCGCAUCACCGUCAACGAUCAAGAGAUCCCCUUUUACAUGAAAGUCGGCGAAACGGGCGAGGCCUUCUUCGUGUUCGAGACCGAUGCCGACGUACCCGAGAACCUACAGACGUCUCCCAUCGCCGCGCCGAUCCAGGAUGAUGAGCUGCAGGAAGGCGACCACGCGCCAGGCGUGAGUCGCGGUGUUGCCGAGACCACAAUUUUAUGUUUUUGAAAGGCAAUGUUGACCUUGUUCUGUAAAACCCCCCAUCAACACCAGGAACCUGAAUACCUCGACUUGAACGCGCCCUCGGGAGAGGAAACUCAACGUGGGUCUCUCUAAACGGAUGAUCUCGCCCGCCCAUAGCGAUGGACCAAAUGACCGAGACCUAAUCCCACUUUUCAAAACCUUUACCGCAGCCGGGACAGAAUUUUCUUCGCCGACGUCUUCCGUUCACGCUUCCAUGACCCAGACCCAGGUCAACUCGCCGACGAUGACGCUCAAACCGUUACCACCGGUUUCCCCAUCGUUGCACACCGCGUCGAGGCAUGACUAUAACGCAAGCUCUCGUGCACAUCGAGGAGCUUCCAGGGUUGCCAAAGACAUGGAUGGAGAGGAAGCAGAGGACCCGGGACAGGAGGAAGAAGGGAUGGACAACGACGACGAAGCCGAGGCUGAAGAAGCCGACGAGGUCGAUCUCGCUGCCGACGCCAGAGCAAAGCCAAAGAAGAAGGAGCGCUUCACCGACUCGGACCACCACGAAACGGCCAAAGCCAAAUCGGCAUCUUACGUUCCCGCCGUGGUCCAACACGCCGUUGAAAAAGUCGCGGGCAUCGGUGGGAUCGCCCUGACCGGCGUCGCGGGGGGCAAGAAACUCAAGGAUGCGGUCAAGAACGAUGGCAGAUCCAGCGGGCAAGGACUCAGCCGUGGCCAAGCGUCCGAAGAUCUCGAAGGCGGGCUGCGAGGCGAGAACGAGUCGGGCCAAUUGACGGAACUAGAAAAAGAAAUGAAGCAGGAUCUUGAAGGGGCAAAUGUGAUUGCCGAAUCCGAGCCAGGGGACGACGUCGCCGAUGCGGCGCGACGACACGAUAGCGACGUCAGGGAGUUGCUGGGAGGGCGGUCAGGGACCGGGCGCGCGAGGUCGGUGCUCGGUAAGACGACGCAAGAAUACUCGUUGAAGAAGAGCGAGACGGGCGAGGCUGAAGUCGACGUCGAUGGUCUCAGGGACCACUCUGGCACGGGGCCGCACCCUGAGCGGGCGGGCGGUACGUUCUUUGACACCGACGGGUGGACUGACCGACACCCAAUAACUUGUUACUUAACGCCUCGUGCGCGCCCCUCUGUUCUUCCGCAGACCUCAUGCUCGACAUGUCCGGGUAUAAACUUGAUGAUGCUUCGACCAUCAAUGCGAGUGACUCCGUCGCCGAAGGUGAGACAAGCGACGGCGAACCGAGGGAAGAUGUUAUCAACGCCCUCGAUGAGAAGGCACAAGAAGAGAUGGUCGCCUUCACGCAGUCACUGCUGCAGUCGACGGACCCAAAGACCUUGCGCAACUUCUUUGACCCCUCGGACGACCAAUCCUCGCGCGCCGCUUCUCCCGAGCCGUCCGACGAGAACGAGACGACCGCUCCUUCGUCGCCCGAUUUCAAGGCACGCCAUAUCCGAUCCUACUCCCGAGCCAGUUCGCCGGUACCGAGCUCGUCCAUGUCGAUUUCGUCGUUACAGUCCCUCGCCGCCGACUCGGCCGACAGCGACGCCGCGUCGCUGACGCAGGCGAGCCCGCGCCAGUUCACGCUCAAGGUUGGGUCCAAGGUCCACGUCUUUGAGCUGUCUUUGUGCGGGACCGAGGCGUUUGGGCAGGAUCGUGCCGCCGACGAGCACGCCUUUGCCGAGCAUCAAGUGACUUUCACGCAGUUCAUGGAACAUGAGUCGGUUGCGGACCAUUCGGACCUCGUAGUCAAGUACGGUGGUCGCUAUCUGACCUGGAGCAACGCGAGUCCGGUCCUGGCCUCACUCGCCGUGUACCGCAAGUCCCUCGUCGACCACCCCGAGCACCACCCGAGUCUCGAGUCGGGCGCCAAGUCGGGUCGUCGAGGUUGGAGUUCUUGGUGGCGGGGAUCGCGGGAUCGAUCAACGACGUCAUUGCCGGUCAAGGAAUCACCCGAUGGAGCGCCGACGAGCCCUCCCAUCAGCCCACCCGAUUCUCCCAGAUCGCUCCCCGCUCGUCUCGACUCACCUACACCCUCGAGCCCGGCUCUCUCUGCCAGUGGCGAUAAUGCCACGUCCGCUCCGGGCCCAGUCACUGGUCCAGAGGGCGGCAACAAUAGCGGCAAACACUACGCCAAGACGCUGCGCCUCACCUCCGAGCAGCUCAAGGAGUUGGGGUUGAAGAAGGGGAUGAACGAAAUCUCGUUCUCGGUGCGCUCGAGCUAUUCGGGCUACGCGACGUGUAGCUCGAGGGUGUUUUUGUGGGACUCGGAUCAUUCGGUCGUCAUUUCCGAUAUCGACGGCACAAUCACAAAGUGAGUUCGACAUCAUUGCCAUCGUCGUCGUAUUGAGAUGCGGUACUGACAGCUACCAUUGACAGAUCCGAUGCGCUGGGACACGUUUUCACCAUGAUUGGCCGCGACUGGACGCAUUUGGGUGUUGCGAAGCUGUACACCGAUAUCGCACGCAACGGGUACAAGAUGAUGUACUUGACGUCACGAGCGAUCGGUCAGGCCGACACGACGCGCGAGUACCUCAAGGGGAUCGCGCAAAACAACUUCAAGCUCCCCGACGGCCCCGUGAUCAUGUCCCCCGAUCGCCUCAUGACGUCGCUGCACCGCGAGGUCGUCUUACGCAAGCCCGAGGUGUUCAAGAUGGCGUGCCUGAGGGACAUUCAGCGGUUGUUUCACGAGCGGUCACCGUUCUACGCUGGGUUCGGGAACCGCAUCACGGACGCGCUGUCGUAUCGAUCCGUUGAUGUACCGUCGUCGCGUAUCUUUACGAUCGAUUCGAACGGCGAGGUCAAGAUGGAGCUGCUCGAGCUCGCAGGUUACAAGUCUUCGUGAGUAUGACUCGUCCCUGUGAGAGAGACUCCAAAAUCAAAGCCUGAUGUCGGACCGAGCCUCACCUCCACAGCUACAUUCACAUGACCGAUCUGGUCGACCAAAUGUUCCCUCCGAUCAAUCGCAAGACCCAACCCGACUUCACCGACUUCAACUACUGGCGAACGCCGAUGGCGACGAUCGACUUGCCAGACCUAUCGCCACCUUCUCCUGCCCUUUCAGCGCGUUCGGGUGAUUCGAGUCGACUCGCCUUCCCGAGGUUGGGAUCGAUCGCUUCUUCGCUGUCCCGGAGGUCAUCCCGACCGACCUUGACAACGGACGGUGCGACGACCCCUAACGGAACGAACCGAUCCGUUCGUUCAGGAACGCCGAGCUCGCCGCUCUUGCAAGCGACCUUGGUCGAGGAGCCGUUCAACCUCAAUGGCGAAUACGUCGGCGACGACGACGAUGGACAGAGGAGCGAAUCCGAGUCGAUGCCCGGUUCGUUGCCGAACGAUGGUGACUUUGAGAGGUUACGCAGGGAAGCUUUGCGCUUGGCCGAGCAGAAGAACGGAACGAGGACACCGGCCGAAGCUUACAAGGAAAAGGUGAAGGGGUCAUCGCGAGGAGCAGAACGGGACGAUGAUGAAGAAGAGGAAGAGGAAGAAGAGGAGUCCGAGGAAGACGACGAUGAUGAGGGCGAGCAGGGUGACUUUGACGAUCAGUUGGACUUUUCAAGCGUACCUGUGAGUGCCCGUGGUCUCAGCUAUGUCCGAUCUGCUUCCCAGAACCUGACAGGCGGACUCCCUAUUGCAGUAUCUGUGA